GGAUUUAGAGGUAGCAGCUGUAGGGUGGUUGGAGGGUUAUGUCUAUGGAAAUGAAGGGAGUGUAGAAAUUGCAUGGACUGGUGGUCUACCUAUCUCUUCUUCUGACUGGUAUGACAGGCACAUUAGUCUGCCUAAAUUGGGAGCUGUAACACAGUCAUAUUUCUUUUUUUUCUGAAUGGGAAUAUGUCUUCUGACAUUAUAUAUUUUAGAUCUUUAAUUUGUUUCUUGAUUUUACAGCAUGUGACAGUCAAGAGACUGUAUUAAAUGUUAAAAGAGACUAUGGACAUUUGCAAUGUUUGGGCUGCUACAGAUUAUAAGGAUCCUUGAACUUAUACUAAAUGCAUUUUCAUUUUUCUUUGUAUUCUUCUCUCAUACUAUAUAUCAUGAUGGAAUCAUUCCCUUCCUCUACUCCUUCCAGUCCCUCCCCCAGAAAAUCUCCAUUGCCCCAGCUCCACUGCUUCUUUUUCCCUUAAAAAAAAAAGACUCCCAGGGAUAUCAAAUACAUCAUACCCAGGUGCAAUAAGACUAGGCACAAACUCUUAUUUCAAGGCUAGACAAGGCAAUGCAAUAGAAGGAAAAGGGUCCCAAGAGCAGGCAAGAGUCAGAGACACCAUGACUCCUACAGUUAGGAGAUUCACAAAUAUCCCAAACUAAACAACCAUAGCAUGUAUGCAGCCAUGAAGACUCUGUAAUUGCUUCAUCAGUUUCUUUGAGCCACUAUAUGCCUACUUAGUUGCUUGUAUGGGCCAUGUUCUCCUGAUUUCUUCAACCACUGAAUGCUAUAAUACUCACACCCUCCUUCUACAAGCUUCCUAGAGCUCAAGCUAAUGUUUGGGUAGGGAUCUCUGCUUAGGAUCCUAUCAGCCCCUGGAAGAAGCCUCUUUAAUUACAAGUAGGCCAGGCACCAAUAUAUAAUUAUAGCAGAAACUAGUUAUGAAUAUUUCAUUGAUAUUUUUUCUUGGUCAACUGUAUUUGGUUCUACCCCUGUUCUCUGAGCUAUUCAAGUUCUGGUUUCUGGCCAUCUAGGCAGUGUCAGUUAUGAGCUUCUUCUCACAGCAUGGGCUUCAAGUUAAACCAGUCAUUUAUUGGCUACUAAGAAAGCGCUGAGCCAUCAGUGUACCAGCAUAUCUUGCCAGUAUUACAAGUGUGGGUUGAAUAUUUUGUGGCUGGCUUGGUGUUCCAGUUCCACUGGGAGCCUUAUGUGGUUACAGAAGAUGGCUAGUUCAGCCUCCAUAUUCUUGAGUACUAGGAGUCCUCACUAAGGUCACCUUUAUAGUCUCCAGAAAGUUUUCACUGCACUGUUUCCACAUCCCCUGUUAAAAGCUCCCCUAUUCCAGUCAUCUCUCCCUGUCUUCUCCCCACCUGUCCCUUCUUCACUCACCUGAUCCUUCCUGUUCCCAUCCCCAUCUGCCUCCAGUACACCCACAGGAUCUAUUUAUUUCUGCUUACCAGGGAGAUCCAUGCAUCUCCCCUAGAGCUGUUCUUGUUAUUUAGCUUUUCUGUGUCUAUGGAUUGUACUGUGAUAGACUGUGAGUACUGUGAUUAUACUUUACUUAACUGGUAAUAUCCACCUAUAAGUGAAUACAUGCCGUGUUUAUCUAUGUGAUUCUGUGUUUUAUCACCUAGGAUAUUAAAGAACUCAAGAAACUAAACAACAAACCAAAUAAUCCAAUUAUAAUGGGGAACACCUCUAAAUAGAAUUCCCAGUAAAGGAAUCUAAAGUGACUGAGAAACCCUUGAAGACAUGUUCAACAUCCUUAGCCAUCAGAGAAAUGAAUAUCAAAACUACUUUGAGAUUCCGUCUGACAACUCUUAGAAUUGUUAAGAUCCAUAACACAAGUGACAGCUAAUGCUAGCAAGGACAUAUAGCAAGGGGAUUCAUUGCUGUUGCAAGUGCAAACUUUUACAGCCAAUGUGGAAAUCAAUAUGUAGUCCUCAGGAAAUUGGGAGUCAAUCUACCUCAUGACCCACCUAUAUCAUAUACCCAAAAGAUACUACCACAAGGACAUUUCAUUUGCUCAACUGUGUUCAUAGUGGCAUUGUUCAUAAAAGCCAUAAACUGCUAUAUCUGGGAGAGAUUGUGUUGAUUGAUGAUUGGUGUGGGAAGGCUCCUCCACUGAGGGUGGCAAUAUCCCUAAGAAAGUGGGCUUGGGAUACAAAAGGCACCAAUCAGUGACUAGGCAAGAGAAAAAAGACUUGAAACAAUCUUUGUCCAUGCAUUUUUGCCUUCAACUAUUAGCUUUAUUUUCUAUCCUAAGCUCCAAAACUGAUGAAGCCAAAUUACCCCCACUCAUUGCCUGAGCUGCUUUUGGUUAGAGGACUUAGAGAAACAUAAAUGAAAGUUAGAACAAAAAAUGGAAAACCAAAAGUAAUAUUGUUGUUAGGCAGAACCUGGGAAUGAUGUCUCUUGGAAGAGUAUAGAAUAUAUCAAGACUUUAGGUGGUAAAAAAAAACAUAGAAAAUAGUACACAGAACGAAAUCAGCUGUUCUUGUAGAAUCAGAAAGAUGGAAAUGAUAAAAGAAAUGACAGAAAGUGGAGAUUGAAAUCAUCGAAUUUCAAUUGAAAUUGAUUAAGCUAGAGGUCAUUUGUGUGAUAUUUUGACUCCAAAAUCUUUCUUUUUCUGCCUGGAAAUUUAGUAAAGCAGAACUAAAAAAAAUAAUGAGCUAAGUCCUGAAAUGGAAUAUUGAAUGUGGUGGAUCGUUAUUACUGAUGAUUCAUUCAAGCCAAAGGUGGAAAAAAAAAAAAAAAAACCAAGUGGGGCAGAAAUAAAUGAAAAUAAAAAGGCAGUUUCUUAUGGCAGUCAAUUACUGGAACAGGCAUAGAUUUUCAAGGAUUUUAUCCAUUAUAGAGAAGGUCCUUGCUAUGGAAUGGAAGCCUAGCAAGGUGCUCUAAGGGUAAGACUCCAUUCACAUAAACAUUCAACUUAUGGAAGGGGUAAGCAAAAUGAUUUCUAGUUCCAGAAAGCAACUUCAUACAAAAUCUGCUACACAUGUGGUCCAAGUGUGUUAGUGUCUAUCCCAAUUAAGAAGUUAAACUUUUCAGGAUCACUCAUCAUGUACUGGUCCUGGAAAUAAGAAAGAAUCACAAUUUAGUUUGUGGUUACAGUUCAGCAUUGUUGCAGGCAUCCAUGUUUGACAGAGUCAGAAACCCAGUGAAGAGAUAUCCCGACCUGCAGGAUACAAACGGGGGUCCCUGAUAAACCUAGUGGAGAGGAAUGAAAGGAGACAAGAGACAUGAGAAAUGAUGGCAAAAUGGGAUUUCUGAUCAAGCUGUCUAGUUUAUUAUUUCCUCAGAAGCUGUUAUAUAGCAAACAGGCAAGGGGGCGGGGGAGGUGUCAGGGGGAAGGGAAGUGUGUCGGGAAGCUCAAGUCUGCUGGAAUUCAGGUCCAAAAACAUCCCCAGCUGAUAAGUAAAUACUGAGGGUCUGUGAUUGUUGACUAACAAAGGAAAAUGCUAAUGAGUUCCGGAGCCUGGUUCCUUCAGGUCUCUGCUAGGAGAUAAGACACCAGUUGAUUUCCUAGACCCUGCAGAGGGGAUAGAGGUAAAUAUUUUUCUUAAUUUGUGAGCUUAAGAUGGCUGUAAACAAAAUGCAGAUCUCAAAAUACAGGUCUUUGCUUCCAGCAAAGAGACUGUGAGAGUUCACUUCAUGAAGCUGUGAGGAUAAAACCUCUUGUUUUUACUCUUUUUUUUGACCUGCCACCCAGCUCUCAAAUAAAUGACACACACUGGGGCUUAUUAAUUCUUAGAUAUUCCUGGCCUUAGCUUUUCUUGUUUCUACCCAGCUUUUCUUAACUAAUUGUUCCAUUCUACCUUUUGCCUCUGGACUUUUAUCUUUAUUCUGUAUACCUUUCUUCUUACUCUGUGGCUUGCUGUAUAGCUGGGUUGCUGGCUCCUGUUUUCCUCUCCUUUUUUAUCCUUCCUUUUUCCCCCCAGGAUUUCUCCCAUUUAUUCUCUCUGCCUAUGAGCCCUUUCUAUUCUUCCCUGUCAAGCUAUUGACUGGUCAGUUUAUUAUUAGGCAAAUCAGGUAUUUUAGACCCACUAAGUAUCACACUUUCACAGAAUUAAACAAAUGCAACAUAAAAGAAUGCAACACAUCUUUGCAUCAUUGGAACAAAUGUUUCACAAUAUAAACAAAUAUGACACAUCUUACAAUAAUAUUCUACAACAGCAAGGGUUGUAUUUUGAUACAGCCUAGGUUGCAUUUUGAUAUCACAAGAUAUUGAUAUGCCUAAACUUUAAGACAUCUUCUAUGGAGAACUAACUGAAUAUAGGGAAUGGAAGUAACCAAAGAGAGAAAUGUAUGAGAAGAUGCAGGGAUAGGGCCAUUUUUGCCCUUUGAAACUGAAGCCCUGUGCAUCUGAGACAGAGCUACAGGAUUUGAUGUUUGUCCUGCUAUGCUUCAGUCUUGCCUUGGUUCAAUCUUCCCUCACUAUGUCUCCAUUUCUCUGUUUUGGAGUGUAAAAGAUAUUCUGUACCAUUGUAUGUUGAAAAGAUGUAACUUGUUUUCUGAUUUUACAAGAUGUCACUGUCAAGAGAUUGUCUUGAGUGUCAGAAGAGACUUUGAACAUUUCAACAGUAUACGGCCUGUUGCAGAUUAUGAGUAUCAUUGAAGUGACUAAAUGCAUUUUCUUCAUUGGUGACCAUGAGCCUAUAGUGAUCUGAGUCAGAAUGUAAGUGGUUGAAUAAAAAACUCCCCAGAUAGAAAGAUGGAUUUGAGCAUGUGCCUCUUCUUGGCAAAUUUCAUUUGAUUGUUUGUGAAAUCAAUAGGAGGAGGAGCCUUUCUCGAUGAAUUUCUUCAUUGGACAUGUGAUAUGAGUUUCUAUAGCCUCAACCCAUUUUCUGUUCUUUGUGCCUGCUGUGUUGUGGUUGAAACUAAUUGGUCAGCUUUCUUCUUUUGCUGUCAUAACUUCCCCACCAUCAUAAACUCUGUCACUAAAUCACGUAAGAGUCAGUAGAAUUAACUGCUAUUCAGUGCCAAAACAGUUUGGUAGCCUACAAUUUUCAUUUUUGUUUGCUUAUUUUUGAAUUCAAGGUUUGUCUGUGUAGCCCUAGCUAUCCUGAAAGUAGCUCUAUAUACUAGGCUGAGUUCAAACUCAAAGAUCCUUUAAUUCUGACUCCCAAGUGCUGGGAUUAAAGGUAGUCCAACAUUCCUGGCUUUUUGUUUUUAUAUUGUUGUAUGAUGGUUUUGUUCCUAUCAAGCAUAUGGUGUUGUAGUGAGUUACACCUAUAUCUUGAAUUUUAAAAUUUGAUAGAGGGUUUCAUUAUGUUUCCCAGAAUGGCAUGUAUUCAUGACAUUAAUACUACCUGUGCGUUCUGAGUCAUUGGAUUACAGGUACAUAACCUUCUUCCUGCCUGUUUUGUUUGUUCUGAAUUUUUAUUUUAAAAAAGAAUAUUUUUGUAGUAGGAGGAGGGUGGCCCUUUGUUCCCUCCUUGGUGACAAGGAUGGGAUUGCUUGUUGUCCCAGCUAGUUUACACCUGAAAUAAUCACACAGAAACUAUUAAUUUAAACACUACCUGGCCCAUUAUCUCUAGCCUCUUAUUGGUUAACUCUCACAUCUUGAUUUAACCCAUUUCUAGUAAUCUGUGUAUCACCACAAGGUUGUGGCUUAGCAGGAAAGAUGCAGUGUGUCUGAUAUUGACAGCUCCAUGGCGAUUCUCUCUGACUCUGCUUUCUUCAUUCCAGAAUUCAGUUCUGUCUACUCUGCCUACCUUUAAGUAUUUUACUUGAAUGCAUGGAUAUACACCAUAAUGCAGUGACCUAUGAUGAUGUGCAUAUCAACUUCACUUGGGAAGAGUGGACUUUACUGGAUCCUUCACAGAAGAGUCUCUACAAAGAUGUAAUGCUAGAGACCUACAGAAACCUCAUUACUAUAGGAUACAGUUGGGAGGACCAUAAUAUUGAUGAACAUUGUCAAAGUUCUAGAAGACAUGAAAGGCAUGAAAAAAGUCAAACUGGAGAGAAAACUUCUGUAUAUACUCAAUGUGUUAAAGACUUUGCAUGUGACAGUCAUCUUCACAGGCAUGAAAAAACACACACUAGAUUGAAACCUUAUGAAGGAAAUGAGUGUGGUAAAGCCUUUUCACAUCACAGUCAUCUUCAAAUGCAUAAAAGAACAUACAGUGGAGAGAAACCCUAUGAAUGUAAUCAGUGGGGUAAAGCCUUUGUGCAGCACAGUCAUCUUCAAAGUCAUGAAAGAAGUCAUACUGGAGAGAUACCCUAUGAAUUUAAUCAAUGUGGUAAAGCCUUCGCAUGUCAUAGUAAUCUUCAAAAAAAUAAAAGAAUCCAUACGGGAGAGAAACCCUAUGAAUGUAAUCACUGUGGGAAAGCCUUUGCACAGCACAGUCACCUACAAAGUCAUGAAAGAAGACAAACUGGAGAGAAGCCCUAUGAAUGUAAUCAAUGUGGUAAAGCCUUUGCAUAUCACAGUAAUCUACAAAGACAUAAAAGAACCCAUACUGGAGAGAAACCCUAUGAAUGUAAUCAGUGUGGUAAAGUCUUCGCACUUCCCAGUACUCUUCAAAUACAUAAAAGAUCACAUACUGGUGAGAAGCCCUAUGAAUGUAAUCAAUGUGGUAAAGCCUUUGCACAGCACAGUCACCUUCAAUGUCAUGAAAGAAGACACACUGGAAAGAAACCCUAUGAAUGUAAUCAGUGUGGUAAAACCUUUGUAUGUCAUAGUAGUCUCCAAACACAUAAAAGAACCCAUACUGGAGAGAAGCCCUAUGAAUGUAAUCAGUGUGGUAAAGCCUUUAUAUGUCACAGUAGUCUCCAAGCACACAAAAGAACACAUACUGGAGAGAAAUCCCAUGUAUGUAUUCAGUGUGGUAAGGUCUUUUCAUAUCCCAGUUAUCUUCAAAGUCAUGAAAGAAGUCAUACUGGAGAGAAACCGUUUGAAUGUAAUCAAUGUGGUAAAGCCUUUUCACAGCAUGGUCAUCUUCAAAGUCAUGAAAGAAUCCAUACUGGAGAGAAACCCUAUGAAUGUAAUCAGUGUGGUAAAGCCUUUGCACAUCUCAGUCAUCUACAACGUCAUGAAAGAAUCCAUACUGGAGAGAAACCCUAUGAAUGUAAUCAAUGUGAUAAAGCCUUUGCAUGGCGCAGUAAUCUACGGAGACAUAAAAGAACCCAUACUGGAGAGAAGCCCUAUAAAUGUAAUCAGUGUGGUAAAGCCUUUGUAUGUCACAGUAGUCUCCAAACACAUGAGAGAACACAUACUGGAGAGAAACCCUACGAAUAAAAUCAAUGUGGAAAAGCCUUUGCAUGUCACAGUAAUCUCUGAAAACAAAAGAACCCAUAUUGGACAGAAACAUUACGUAUGUAAUUAGUGUGCUAAAGGCUUUGUUUAUCAUAGUCAUCUUCAAAGACAUGAACUAACACAUGCUAGAGAGAAAUCCUAUGAAUGUAAUGAGUGUGGUAAAGCCUUUGCACUUCACAGUACUCUUCAAAUGCAUAAAAGAUCACACACUGGAGAUAAACUCUGUUAAUGUAAUCAGUGUGGUAAAGCAUUUGCAUGUAUGAAUAGUCUAAAUCAUGAGAAAAAAUUCAUACUGCAGAGAAACCCUUUGAAUGUAUUCAGUGUGGUAAAAUUUUGUACUUUAUAUAGGAGUAAAACUUUUGUGAGCAACAAUCUGUUAAAAAUCUUUGCACAUUACAAUAGAGAUUGACUACCUGAAAAAGAUACUGAGGACUUCUUAUUAUAAAGUAUUUGGUAAGAUCUUUAGCCAAAACACUUACAAUCAACUACAUAAUGAUUUGGGAUUUCCCUCUGUAUGCUGUGAAUGUAUUUUGUUACCAUUCUUUAAUAAAGAAGCUGCUUUGGGUCUAUGGCACAGCAAAAUAGAGCAAGGCAGGAAUUCCAAGCAUAGAGGAAAAAAAAAAGUGGAGUCAGACUCCAUGUAUCUGCUGAAGGAGACAGAUGACCUGGGAACCUUACUGGUAAAUCACAAGUCUUGUGGUAAAAUACAAAAUAAUAAGAAUUUGUUAAUUUAAGAUGUCAGAGUUAGUUCGUAAGAAUCCUGAGCUAAUAGACCAAGCAGUGUUUUAAUUAA